AUGACCCCUCGAAUCAAGUUCCAGAUCGAGUCACAGAACACGCACAUCUCUGACGUCGAGAUUCUCUCUGCUUCAGAACUCAUCGAUGCCGCCCAAUAUGAUCCCCCACUGCAUGAGGAGUGUAGGUUCGGACACAAUGCCUUUGUUCGUGGCCGGACCAGCCAUCGCUUCGGAGACGGACCUGCAUUAUAUGUUGACCUUGAACGGGAUGCGGUUAAAUUUUCAGAAGAUGAGCUAGAGACAUCAGUGGACAUAGACAGUAUAAUUUGGACGACAAAGGUGUUCCGAUGCAGGGGGUCAGUGGGCAUAUACAUCACUCCACCAUUCCAAACAAAACCUGGUAUAUUCAAGCACAAUCACACGUAUGUCGACAUCACCAUUCCACAGUCAGAAGAAGAUGCGAAUGCGCCUGGUGGAAGAAAGGAAUGGCUGUCUAAAAGGUUUCCUAUGGCUGCCAUCCCUCAUGCCUGUAUGGGCCGCAUAUCAUCCGCAUCCUCGACACUCAAUCUCUAUAUUGCAUUUCCGAGGAUGAUCCACCAACACCCAGUGAAUGGACGAAGAAUCACACUGAUGCCAAAGGAGGUCUUGGAUAUUUUCUGGGAUAGGGUACUGCUUCCAUCUAUAGGAGAUUGCACCGAUGUCAGCUGGGCGCCUUAUAUGAAGCACACGUUAGAGGAGGCACGAUACAAGGCAAGAGGUGUGGAAGGACGCAAAGGAGGAUGGGGACCUCCAAAAACAAUUCCCCUGUCAGAUGAUGACUUUAGGGAUGUUCAGGAACGCAUGGAAGCCUGCAUACGCAAUGGAGAGGGGGAGCUCAGCAUGUAUGGGUCGUUCUUCUUCAUUUUGGAGGGGAAGGGAAUCAAGCUCCUCACAAAGGAUGGACAGCGAGGACGUUUCUCAGGACCGGAGGAAGCCUUGCGUCGCAACCUGUCAGACCUGGACUGGCCAUAUAUGAUGAACCACAGGCAUGGCGAGCUUCUGGUGGAUGUGGGUAUCUCAUUCACUCCACGCUCUCCAGAAGUUCCGGUUGUUGGUGUAUGGAGAUUAGAUGCAUUGGAGGCAUCGUAUGGCGCAGGAGGUUACAAGCGAGGCGAGAUUCAUCACCAGAACACACUCUCCAGAUAUGGUGCCCUCCAGGCAGAGAUGCAGCAGCAGAGAUCCCAGCAGACCCACAUAGCAUUCCGGAGCAGCUACAACCUAUACUACGAAUCCAUCCGAACAAACAACAACAAGGUAAACUUCGCUUCGGACAGUGAUGCCUACAAGCUUUCUCCAUCGUACAUGGCCGAAUGCUUCGAAAUAAUGAAGGUUGUCGAAGGGUGCAAGGGGAAAACAUAUGGUGUCAGAGAUGAGUAUAGGGUGAGCGGACAAGCGGCUAGAACAAUGUUGGAUAACAUAGAAAACAAGGCUAUAGACUAUCUGCGCUCAGAUCCUAUACUGUGGAUUCCAUCCAAUGUCUGGUUUGAGUUGAUCAGGCGACGUGUGCGGGAGAUUCAAAGGACCCAAAUCUUCAUUGUCAAAAAGAACCCUCCCAAUCUUGGCACCCUAACUGGCUUGCUGAACCACAUGCUUCGUUCAACCAUAUCAACGCCUAUCGUCUACGACCGUCAUGUCCGUGAAUCACUCGCCCUCCUUGAAUACAGAAAUGUACUCGAAACAGCAGGGAUGUUCUUCUUGCAGGAAUUUGAUCUAUGCAGCGAAACCUGCCUGGAGGAAGUGCAGCAAAUCGAUGAUGUGAAUGUGUUGGCACUCAUGGGUGUAAAUGCGAAGGCUCAAAGAGACAAAGCAGUGGGAAAAGUGGAAGGAUGGAAGAUAACAGAGUCAGGAAUGGAAGGCUAUCCUCUUGGUCGGACACCAACAUGGACUCAGCUAAAGACAGCAAUUUCAAGCUCUCCUGCGACGAUCAUGAGACCAUGGGUAUGGUUAUCCAGCUUUUCUAACAUCGAACUCUCUGUUGAACGACUUGUGGUUGCAUUCACGAGGCACAUGUGGCUGAUGCUGACGGAUGAAGUCCUUAAGGGCAUCAGACCCUACCCCAAAUCGCUUAAGGAGUCCAUGAAGUGCUGGACGAUGACGAGCAUCGACGAUACCCUCGCUUUAGUUGCUUUUGAAGCAUGCAAUUCUGGGUUGCAUGAUCAUACAGGCGUAACUCCAGGUCGCAUGGGUCCCAAGUCGAGAGCGUUUGUGGACAGAUGCUCCCUAUUUUUUCCCGAUCCUGAUGCAUCACAUAAAAACAACGCUCAAUGGUCCACACUAUGGGAGGGAGAUGGAUACAUCGCACAGUUUCACAGGAUGAUGAAGAUGAUGGAAGAAGAACAACGGGUAUUGCUGAAGCAAGGUCUACGUGAGGUAUUUUCAAACCUUCAUUGUCUUCCUGCAAGUGGUGCACGAGUGUGGGUGCAGAAGAAUGAUGCCAUAGUCUUCAUAACAAAUCCUGCAUAUUAUAGGAUAGACUGCAUCGGAAGGGGGGGCGAGAGCCAGAGGAGAGCCCCAAGAGCACGUCGCACUAUGAAGUUAAUCAAGGGCAAGCGCAUCUUUGCGGCUGACCUGAUGGACUCACAACCAUUUGAUGCUGAUGGAAAUCUGAGAAGAAAGACAGAGAGGCAAAAGCGUCGAGAGAUCCACAAAAAAAUAACCAUGGCCAAGAAAAACAAGAGGGUGCCUCCUCCUCCACAUCCUCGUAAAUCCAGAUUAUUUCCCAUGGACACAGGAGAGACUAUAGAAGAGGGUGAUGCAAUGGAUGUUGAUUAG